CCCCACCCCUUGCUGCCCCCCACCCCCCGGGAAGCGCUGGCCCCCGAGGCGGGGGAUGGAGACGGACCUCGGGAGGGGGCGGCUUCGAGGGAGGCGGUCACUAUGAAGACCAUCAUCGCCGCCUAUUCGGGGGUCCUGCGAGGCACCGGCUCCAGCAUCCUGUCCACCCUGCAGGACCUGCCGUCCGUCCCCUGGCUCAGCAAGGCCGCCGUCAAGAAGCAGCUGCAGGUGAUCUCGGUGCUGCAGUGGGUCCUCUCCUUCCUGGUCCUGGGCAUCGUCAGCACCGGGAUCCUCGUGUACACGUUCUGCACCGACUGCUGGCUGAUUGCGGCUCUGUACUUCACGUGGCUGGUGUUCGACUGGAACACGCCCAAGAAAGGUGGCAGGAGGUCGAAAUGGGUGAGGAACUGGGCCGUCUGGCGCUAUUUCCGAGACUACUUCCCUAUCCGGCUGGUGAAGACCCACAACCUGCCGACGAACCGGAAUUACAUCUUUGGCUACCACCCCCACGGGAUCAUGGGCCUGGGGGCCUUCUGCAACUUCAGCACGGAGGCCACGGGGGUUGGGAAAAAGUUCCCCGGCAUUCGGCCGUACCUGGCCACCCUGGCUGGGAAUUUCAGGAUGCCGGUGCUUCGGGAAUACUUAAUGUCUGGAGGUAUCUGCCCCGUCAACCGGGACACCAUCGACUACCUCCUGAGCCAGAACGGCAGCGGCAAUGCGGUCAUCAUCGUGGUCGGCGGCGCAGCCGAGUCCCUCAGCUCCGUCCCCGGCCGCAACGCCGUCACCCUGAGGAACCGUAAGGGUUUCGUGAAGCUGGCCCUGCGGCACGGGGCUGACCUAGUCCCCGUGUACUCGUUUGGCGAGAAUGAGGUCUACGAACAGGUGGUCUUUGAGGAGGGGUCUUGGGGAAAGUGGGUGCAGAAGAAAUUCCAGAAAUACAUCGGCUUCGCGCCCUGUAUCUUCCACGGCCGCGGCCUCUUCUCCUCCAACACAUGGGGCCUGGUGCCCUAUUCGAAGCCCAUCACUACCGUCGUGGGGGAGCCGAUCACCGUCCCCAAAAUCGAGCGGCCGAGUCAGCAUGAGAUCGACUUGUAUCACAGCUUGUACACGGACGCGCUGGUCGCCCUGUUCCACAAGUACAAGACCCGCUUCGGACUCCCGCACACCGAGGUCCUGGAAGUGAACUGAGCGUGAGGGCGUGCGGCCCACUCUCUGCACCUCCACAAGAGGACGGUCCCCCCACUUCCUCCUGGUCCCCUUCCCUUCUUCCCUCCCCCGGCUCCCGGACUGACUGCAGGGCCUGCUUGGGGCUGCUGGUUAUUUAAUACUGAUUAUGCUAAUACUGAUAAUGCUAAUUUUGGUAAAAAUGGGACCCUGACGGAGUGUCUUUAAACUCAGAAACUGGACGCUGAGCUCCUUGGGGCCAGGAGAAGACGGGGGAGUCCCGGAGUCCGUGCAUCUCCUCUCUAACCCCCAAAUGAGGAUGGGGGGGCCUCCUGGCCAGGCAUUCCCCCACUUCCAGCUGUGUACGCGCCGCUCGUCAGGGCCACAGCUAGAGGUCUCGUACCCCCCACAACCUUCCGUCCCCUGGGACAGGCUAAAGGAGUCCCCCGACCAGAUAAAUUUUGACUCCACCCACACAUGUGAAUGUAUAUGCCUGGUUGAGGGAGGUCCCUCCUCCCUCCUCUUCAUCUAUUGGAGCAUCCGUGCCCCCCUUCAAGGCUAUGGGCGGCAGGCAGAGGCUGAGGGUUACAGUCCCAGUCCUGAUGCUGCCUUGCUAGACUUAAAACCUGCUCCACCACACUCUCCCCACCUAGGGACAAGCGUGACAUGAUGACAGUCAGGAGCCAAAACCUCACUAGGGGCAGGAGCCCCCAGAAACCUUCACCCUUCACCACGCCUUUGAAGAGGAAAUGGGAUUGGGGAGGGGGUGGCAGGAAGCGGGUCCCACCCUAUAGGCCAUCCCCCAACACCUGCUUCAGGGAGGGGAAGCUUCCUCGGGGGGCUAGCCCCCCACCAAACACCCCUCUCUGCACUGCAGUUUGGGCCUGGAUACUGCAGGCCCCCGUGCCUUCUGCCGAACUCACGGCGCUGCCCUUCUGCCCAAGCUGAGGCCCGCCUGGAUGGUUCCGCGGGCCUGGUCCGGAUGGUUCUGCCGGGCCGGGUCCGGACAGUUCGACCGUGCCCGGUCUGGAUGGUUCUGCCGCCCCCCCGUCCUCGGGCUGCUAUGCCCGAGCCAGAUGUUUUGUACAAAUUUCUAGAAAUAAACUCAUAUGGAUGAGCCGGA